AUGGUGAGAGUACUAGAACAAAAAGUAGAAAAAGGAGAGCGCAACACAGCACAACACAACCCAACCCACCUCCAUAACAGCAUAACACCCUCCUCACGCCCUUUUUCCAGCAACUUGCUCGUCCGUGCCGUAGGAGCGAGGAACCAGGAGCGUGUGGAUAUGCUCCUGAGGGCGGAGAAAUCCCUUAAGGGCAAGAAACUGCUGUCUGAACUAGACGACGAAGAGGACCCCGCGGUUGACGAAGAAGAGGAGAAGAGAAAAUCGGAAGCAAAGAACGAGAAAUUAUUAGGUUCCGUCGACAAGUUUUCUGUGACUUCGAUCGAUGAAGUUAUUCAGGUGAACAACAUCCUGGGCGCCGUGGCCGACCCGCUGCCGAAGGAGAACCAGGGCGCUGCCGUCGACGCUCUCCUCAUGCUCUCGGGCGCCGUGGACAAGGAGGCGCCCCUCACGCAGCAGAAGGACUUCAUGGCGGGCGCUCUGGGCACGGCGGCGAAUCUCAUGAAGGGUGUGAACAGGAAUGCCAACGGUGCCAACAGCACGGGUAGUUUGGCGACUCGGGAUGGCACUCUGAGGAGGAGAAGGAGAGACACAAGUAUUUUCAGUAACAGUUCCGAUGAACUUGAUGCUGACGACGAAGAAUUUAUCCCGAGCGAAGACGAUAAGGACGCGAACGAGAAGGUAGAGAAGAUGCUGGACGUGGUUGGCGCAUCACAAGGAGCUCUCUUAAGAUCAUCCAUCCCCGGCGAAGAACCGAGUACCAUUGACGCAGGAGAUGAGGUCAACAUGGCUGUAGCUCCAGGAUUCUUUGACGCCUCGGAACUAGAAGGGCGUAUCGUCGAAGUGGGCGGAGCGAUGUAUAUCUUCCCGAGUUAUUGUUCCAUCGUCAGGCAAGAUGAAGACUGCCUCACGAACAAGACAAUUACUAUCGGGGUCCAGAUGGCCAAAUGGAAGGGCCAAGUCCAUGGCUACGGCGGCGGAAGAGACCAGCUGAGUGACGAUUCUGCAACGAUGCAACUCUCCCUCGUGGAUUCCAGGUCGAUGCCCAUCCCGGUCAACAACUCCUUGCAAGAUUUCAUCAUGUACAUCCCCAGGGCGAAGGAGACCGUGCAGGAACCCGAGCUUGUUGGUAAAGCGGGGUCGGUUCGGGCUGUUGGGGUUCAUGGUAGUUUAGUGGUUGUUGGGAGUAAUGACCCUCAGAUCUCGCCCAAACUCGGGCUGAGUGUCCACACCGUCGACGUCCCAGCACCGAGAGUGGGCGUGACGAUCCUAGUCCGCCCAGAGAACGACACGGGCGUGGAGGACUGGGUGCUGGUCUGGUCCGCUUCGAGGCUCAAUAACACGCCCGAGUUCAUGGAGAAUAUCGUUCGUCUCAGCAAUCUGACUUAUCAUGAAGGCACGUAUUCUGUGGGACUCGGAAAACUCAAUUACACCAUACCUGAGCCCGAGGAGCACCCCUGCUUCGAAGACCCCCCCAACAACACGGUCCUCGAGAGCUUCGCCGUUGACUUCGAUACCAACUACUACUUCAGUGCCUUCACCUCCUCCUGCCUCUUCUUCAACAAGGAUCUUCUCACGUGGAGCAGCGACGGGUGCAAGGUGAUCGGCGCCAACGUGUCCGUAACCGUGUGUUCGUGCAACCACCUGACUUCGUUCGCAUCCGGGUUCUUCGUCGCCCCGAACGCCAUCGACUUCGCCUACGUCUUCGCGAACGCUGGUUUUGCGGACAAUCUGACUAUUUACCUUACACUUAUUAUUUCUCUGUCGCUCUAUCUCAUAGGGCUGGUGUACGCGCGCAUUAUGGACAAGAAGGACAUAGAGAAAGUGGGCGCGACCCCCCUGGCCGACAACUCUCCGGCGGAUCGCUAUUUGUACAACAUCAUGGUCCACACCGGCGCCUUCCCGAGUUCCGGCACGGAGUCUAAGGUUCAGUUCCUGCUGGUGGGCGACUGGAACGAGACUGAGGUCCGGACGCUGAACGAGGGAACCGAAAGACCUCUGCUCACCAGGGGCGCCUCGGACCACUUCGUCAUGGCCACCGACAGGCCGCUGGGUCCCCUACAGUACCUGCGGAUCUGGCACGACAACGCGGGCAAGGGCAAGAAAGCCUCUUGGUACUUCGCGUAUAUGGUGGUCAAGGACAUCCAGACGGGAGAGGAAUUCCAGUUCAUUAACAAUCAGUGGCUGGCGGUGGAGGAGGGUGACGGACAGAUCGACCGCCUAAUCCCCGUGGCGGGCGAACAGCAACUGCGCGACUACACCCACGUCUUCAGCAAAACGGUCGAGAAGAACAUGUCCGACGAUCACCUGUGGUUCAGCGUGUUCCUCAAGCCAGCCAGGUCGAGGUUCACGCGCGUGCAGCGGCUGUCGGCGUGCAUGGCGCUGCUGUACUUGUCUAUGUUGGCGAAUGCGAUGUUUUAUCAGCAGGUCCCGGACUCCCCAGGCUCGGGCGGUCUGAACCUCGGCCCCUUCAGCGUGUCUCCUGAAGCCAUGGGCGUGGGUUUCAUGAGCAACCUGGUGGUGUUUCCGCCCUCGUUUCUCAUCGUCUUCUUCUUCCGCAAGUCACGCCCUCGGAAGGCCAAGCGGUCGAGGCUGAAGGAGGCGCUGGCGAGGCAGAACCCGGGGGUUUACGGAGCGACGCUGGAGGCCGGAGAAGGUCCAAGGAGAGGCAAAUUCACGUCCCUGUCUGCCUCUCGCCCCGCCUCGUCCUUGGCUCUCACGCAGCCCUCGCACGGGGUGACAGCGGCGCCUGAGGAGAAACGCCCGGAGGAGGAGAAGGACCGGCGACGGGGCAGGAAACUCACCCUGCCGUGGUGGUGCGUGAUCGUCGCCUGGGUGCUCUGCGUCAUCAGCAUCGGGACGGCCGUGUUCUUCCUGUGGGCGUAUGGCAUCCAGUUCGGCAACGACAAGGCGACCAAGUGGCUGACGGCGCUCAUCACCUCCAUCUUCUCGUCGGCGCUCUUCACGCAGCCCAUCAAGAUCUACCUGAUGGCGAUGCUCCUCUCGUGGAUCCUGAAGCGGCCGAUCGACGAGCACGAGGACUAUGACGAUGACGAGGAGGAGGUCGACCUCGGGAGCGACGAGAAGUACCUCCACCGCCCGCCCUCCGCUGGGAAAACCAUGAAUGACAAUGUAGUACAAGCACACAAUGCAAACAUACCAGCGGCGUGCUGUGCUGAGUUGUCACGCUCCGCCCCCUCUGUGAUGUCACUUUUAGGCUAUGACUCGUCAGAAGCGAAGGGAAUUCGGCUACGCAAGUCGGUGCUGACGAUAACUUAA